GAAGAGAACAACAAAGUCGUCAUUACUGCGCCUCUACGCCUCAACAUUGUCAAGAUGGUUCACGGGUAGGCUUGAUUUGUAUAAUGAUUGAAUUCUAAGCGCUAUGUGACUGGCCACCCCUCAUUUGACCUCUGCCAUAGCCCCGCGAGGAUUCUUGACCUUACGGUUUGCCUUCUGCACAGCUUCGCGAUAAAUAACACUUGAAUCCUUCUGCUCUACCUACUUUUACUGGCUUACAACCACACUUUGAGUCAACUUACAAUUACAGGCAUAGAUUUCUCACAGAACAAUAAAAGCGCAAGAAUGUCAUAUCAAAACUAUCCUCCGUAUGGUGCACCGCUGGCUGGACUUGCCCCGCAAUCUGGAUACCCACCACAAAUACCCCCUCGUCAUUCUCCUCAGCCAUAUCAGCAAUACCCUCCUACCCAACCUCCAUAUCCUCAAAAUUCAUAUGGUGCUCCUCCACAGCAGCCUCCAUAUCCACCGCAGCAACAACCCUACCAACAAUAUCCUCCCCAACAAGGUUCCUACCCACAACAGCAACCAUAUGGCGCACCUCCACCAGGUCCGCCGGGACAUUAUCCCCCGCCGCAAUCAUCGCCUUAUCCUCCAUCGCAAAGCGGAUAUUCUCAACCACCAUAUGGCGCUCCACCCCCAGGCGCACAAACUCAAUAUGGUGCGCCAAUGGGUUACGGACAACCUACUCCACCUUCAGCCGGAUAUGACCUGAACUUACCAAGCCCUCCUCGCAUACCCUACGAUGGACGCGCAGAUGCGCAGGCGUUGCGCAAAGCUAUGAAAGGUUUCGGUACUGAUGAAGCGACUCUUAUCGAGGUAUUGCACAACAAGGGACCUUUGCAAAUAGAAGCUUUGCGACAAGCUUUCUUUGAUACUUUCAAAAGGAAAUUGUUGGCAGAUGUGGAGAGCGAAACAAGCUCGUAUUUCAGGGAGGGUCUCGCUGCGAUAAUUCGGGGUCCCUUGAUACAAGAUUGUCAUUUGCUUUAUUCCGCCAUGGACGGAGUAGGUACAAAGGAGAAAUACCUGACUGAAGUGUUGAUGGGCAGGUCAAAUGCCGAUAUCAAUGCGAUCAAGUCAAUGUAUCAGCGCCGAUACAAGAGGAGUCUGGCAGGCGAUAUCAAAGGUGAUUUGAGCAUGAAGACAGAGGAUCAUUUCUUGAUGGUAUUAGAGGCCAAUAGGAACGAGGAGAGUGCGCCAGUAAUCCCUCGCGAUGUUGACCGAGAUGUGGCAUCCAUAUGGAAUGCGACAGAGGCCAUACGAGGACAUGACGCAAAGACCGUUUGUGAGAUAUUCACGAAACGAAAUGAUGCUCAGUUACGAGCAAUCAAUCACACAUACCAGCAACAACAUGGAAAACCAUUGGAAUGGGUUAUCAAAAAGAAGUUCAGCGGCCACAUGGAGGAUGCCCUCCUCUAUCAACUUCGCACAGCUUCGGACAAGGCCAUGCGUGAUGCAAACCUCAUGGAGGAAUCCAUGAAAGGUUUUGGCACAAAGGAUAAAUUACUUGUUGCUCGAGUCGUCCGAUGUCAUUGGGAUCCCAAACACAUGGAUCAAGUCAAGGGUGCAUAUCAGCAUGCCUACGGACGAUCUUUGGCAUCCAGAAUUUCUGCGGAUACAAGUGGUUAUUAUGAGAAACUGAUGGUGAAAUGCGUCGAGUGUAGUAAUUUGGUACAGCCUGGUUACACAUGGUUCUAGAUCAUUUGCAUCAAGAAGGUUUUGGUUUCAUUUAGGAUAUUUAUGAUGUGUUUGGAGGUAUGGUCUGUAGUUCUGACAACUUUGGGAUUCGGUAUUGGAAGGAAAGGCCAUGAGAUAACGGGAAUUGAGGGGUAAUUGGGGAUCUCCACCAGCGAGCAAUCGCGAUAGGUAGUACUUUUCGGUUAUACGGCGUUUAUUUAGGAUAGAAUUGGUGAGAUGAUACCAGGACCAUCCAAUAUAUGGUCAGAAUUUAUUUUGAUUAUUUCGCGACUAUUUCAAUCUACUUUCCAAUGAGUUUCAGUGCGUACAAUGUUUUGUCUGUUACCUGU